ACAUCCUUCCUGAGCAUCUCCGUCCGAACAGUUGUGGCCACCGGGAGAAGUGCGGUGGGGCGACGUGGCAGCCGAGCGCGGCCGCAGCCUGUGACCUGGGCGUUCGCUAGGCGGGGUGGGCUGGUACUGGGAGCCCCCCUUUCGGAGGGACCCGGUCUCCCGCAAGGUUGGGGCGUCGCCCUGUCUCGGGGCCAGUCCGCCGGCGGGACGGGGCCCACCAUGCGGAGCGAAGGCGCAGGCGGGCUCUGGGGCGCCCCGAUUUACGUGGGAGCAUAUGGAGGUCACCGACCAAAGCUUGCCGGCCUCCCUGGGCAGUGAUGCCGAGAGCCGUCCUGGGGAAGGCGGAGGAGACGCUUUGGCGAGCGCGGCAAGGGUUCUGAAUGAGCAGCCUUCCGUGAGCCGUCCUUUCCGGGAACCCUAGCGGCGGAGGGGGUUGGUGCAGUCUGAUGAAAUCCCGGAGCCCGCUUGCUCGCCCGGUACCCGCACUGCCCUCCUCCCGCAGAAAUGAAGCUGUUGUCAUUUCUGGGAGGAAGCUUGCCCAGCAGAUCAAGCAGGAAGUGCGGCAGGAGGUCGAAGAGUGGGUGGCAUCGGGCAACAAACGGCCACACCUCAGCGUGGUUCUGAUUGGCGAGAAUCCUGCAAGUCACUCCUAUGUCCUCAACAAAACCAGGGCAGCAGCAGACGUGGGAAUCAACAGUGAGACAAUUGUGAAACCAGCUUCAAUUUCAGAGGAAGAACUGUUGAGUUUAAUCAAUAAACUAAAUCAUGAUGAUAAUGUGGACGGCCUCCUUGUUCAGCUGCCUCUUCCAGAGCACAUUGACGAGAGGAGGAUCUGCAACGCUGUUUCUCCAGACAAGGAUGUCGAUGGCUUCCAUGUAAUUAACGUAGGGCGAAUGUGUCUGGACCAGUAUUCCAUGUUACCGGCUACCCCCUGGGGUGUGUGGGAAAUAAUUAAGCGAACUGGCAUUCCAACCCUAGGGAAGAAUGUGGUUGUGGCUGGAAGGUCAAAAAAUGUUGGCAUGCCCAUUGCAAUGUUGCUACACACAGAUGGGGCACAUGAACGCCCUGGAGGUGAUGCCACUGUUACAAUAUCUCACCGAUACACUCCCAAAGAGCAGCUGAAGAAACAUACAAUCCUUGCAGAUAUUGUGGUCUCCGCUGCAGGCAUUCCGAAUCUGAUCACAGCCGAUAUGAUCAAGGAGGGAGCAACAGUCAUUGACGUGGGAAUAAAUAGAAUUCAAGAUCCCAUAACUGCUAAACCCAAGUUGGUUGGAGAUGUGGAUUUUGAAGAAGUCAGGAAGAAGGCCGGUUACAUCACUCCAGUCCCUGGGGGUGUUGGUCCCAUGACAGUGGCAAUGCUCAUGAAAAAUACCGUUAUUGCUGCCAAGAAAGUGCUGAGGCCUGAAGAGCAGGAAGUACUGAAGUCUAAGGAGCUGGGAGUGGCGACUAAUUAACUGUUGUGUUGUCUGUGUCAUGAACAGCACUCCAGGCCAGUUCAAGAGGCAACACAGGAAUAGAAAUGCAAUAUUUUUUAUUUAUUCUACUGAAAUGGUUUAAAAUGAUGCUUUGUAUUUAUUGAAAGCUUAAAUGGGUGGGUGUUUGCAUGCAUAACUCUGCAGAACCUCACCAGGGAGCACACCAGUGUCAUGCUGGGUCACGUGAUCUGGCCACGAGAAGCCGUUUACUGAGUGAUUAACAGGGGACAUCGUCACUUUGAGAAUGGCCACUUCACCUUGUCAAGCCACUUCCGUUAAAAUUUGCCUUUUCUAGAACUGCAUUUCCCAAGUGCUAUUCCCAUAAGGGUUGAUGCUCACUUUAGGUUCCAAACCUUCUGAGUUCAACUGGUCAGACCAAAGGAAAAAUUGCCAGAGAAAAUUAGGGAAAGGGUAAAUGAGAAGAAAUGAUGGUAAUUGAGUAAAAAAAAAAUGUACCCUAAUUUAUAUAUGUAUUGAAUGAUAACCAGAAGAAAAACUCCACGUUAGCAGUAUCCCAAGCUGUCAUCUUGCGGCGCAGGCACUGGGCCCGGCUCAGGGUGGCUCCACGUGCCGUGAGCCCUCCUUUAUGUUUGUUACCGUUCACGAGGUCUCCCAUUUUAGUUUUCUAGGAUCGAAAGGCUUAUUUGUAAAUUGUUUGUGUGUAAUGCCAUACUUGGCUUUUCCUGUAUAUUUAAACUUCGUUGUUCAAUUUUUGUACUGUUGGGAGUGUCUGUAUGGUUUCUUUGAUGUAUCUUGAAACCUAUUUUUGAAAAACAAAACUUGGGUUUGAUAAUCCUGAGGGCAGCUUGGACACAAGUAUGCAACUUACUUUUCCACCAAAGACUUGUCAGCAGCUGCCUGCUUUUCUCUGAUGCAUCUGUUGGCUUUCCCCUGCUAGGUUUUUGAGAGCUUGAGUUUAAUACUGAAUUUAAUCAGACUUUCUGAUUAAAGCAGUUUUUAGUUAGUUUUGUUUUGUUUUUUAAAUAAAACACUUUGGACUGA